AGACGUACAUCGGAAAAAUACCGGUUACAUGUCACAGGAUCCGCCAUUGCAAUUACCGGGUGCAGCGAAUCGACAUUCAACGAUAAUCUGUAUAUCUCGAAUAUUCCAUUGAACUGCAUUAAAUUCACGUACCCAAGGAGGAACAUGUCAGUGUUUUUUACUGCCACAACAGCUGUUGUUAGUCGAGUUCUAACAAAUAUUUUAACACGUCCUUUAUCAACGAUGGCCCACACCCUGAAAAUCCACGAAGUUGUUCCCGAUGUGAUCGACGAAGUUCCACCGGCUGUUGUCGAUGUUACGUAUGGGAAUAACCUAAAAGUCGAAAUUGGUAAAGAGCUGACUCCCACCCAGGUGAAGGACAAACCAGAGGUCAAAUGGAAUUCUGAGGCUGGCGCAUUCUACACGCUCUGCAUGACUGAUCCUGAUGCACCGUCUCGCAAGACCCCGACAUUCCGUGAGUGGCACCACUGGCUAGUGGGGAAUAUUCCUGAGAACAAGAUAUCCGAGGGUGAAGUUCUCUCCGAUUACGUCGGCUCAGGACCCCCCAAAGACACUGGUCUCCAUCGUUACGUAUUUCUCGUCUACAAGCAGCCAGGAAAGCUCAGCUUCGACGAGAAACGUCUGACGAACAGGAGUGGAGACGGUCGUGGCAAAUUUUCCAUCAGGAAAUUCGCAGCUAAACACCAGCUGGGACAGCCCAUCGCUGGAAAUAUGUACCAGGCAGCAUGGGACGACUACGUUCCAAUUCUCUACAAGCAGCUUGGGGAAUAAAUCAUCUCCAUUGAAUUUUUAUUAUUUUUUUGAUUCUUCCUACUUUGCCUGAGAGGCUAUUGUAUACCUAUGGUUCUUCCGGUGAUAAUAACAUUCUUGAGAAAAAUAUAUUCGUUUUUAAUUA